UUUUGAAUGCGCUGUGGCCGCAACGUGAAACUGUUUCUGUUUUCAAGGUACGCAGAGCGGCCUUAUCGAUUUGUUGGGCUGGUGUCCUAUCACCAUUUUACCAAAACCAUUUUACCAGUUUACAGUUCUCAGGCAUCGUCCGGCGACGAAGUGUGUGUUUAGUGUUCCGGCGUGUAAGUGGUUAGGUUAACAAACGGCGCAGAGUGCUGGUGGCCGCUGACUACCGGAUCCCGCGAAGUGUGAGAGACAUAAAGUCCAGAGUGCAAAUCGUGGCCACACGCGAAAAUGAGCCCCAUCGCCGGCGAAGAAUCGUUUCCAUCGUUUAUGGGCCGCAUGAGUGAGCGCCAGGAGUGAACGCCGCGGGCCGAGGAAGCAUCCACAGUGUUAGUGUUUAAUUAAACUCAACAUCGUUCGCGUCCGUCCGUCCGCGUGCGACAGGCGACCAAAACGGGGUGUCCCUGAACGGUAGUUGGAAAUCGAUCGAAACUCCCAUCGAACGCGGCAGGACGCCGCUAGUAAUCUAGUCGUCAACAUGGGUGCGCCACCUGCCAAGAAGCCGCUGGUCAACAGGAACCUAAUAUCGUUGAAGAUUGUCCUCUUUCUCUUCUACGGAGCCUUGGGAUGUCUGCAUCCGUAUCUGCAGAAGCACAUGACCCUGACCGGGUUGAACUACUACGAGUCGCACCUGGUGACACUGAUUGCGCCACUGGUGGCGAUCCUGGGACCGCUGAUUAUCGCUCCGCUCGUCGAUCGACUCGCCGGCCGCUCGGGAUCCUCGUUCGGCAAGCGAUUACGCCUGCUGGCCUCGCUCUGUAUGAUCCUCUCGGUGGUCCUCUACUCGGUGCUGUUCUUCGUUGUGCCGCGCGUCGAACGGGAAGAGUCUAGCCGGUCGAUGGUGAGCUUCGCCUGUGACUACGAUGGUGCCAUCAUCUUCCAGCAGCGCUGCAGCGAGGAGCGAACCUGCUACCAAUGGAAACGAGAAAAGAUUGGCCACCUGACGCUCACGAACUGCUCGUAUACUUGCCAGAAGCCGGUCGAGUUCGAGAACCUGAAUCACCCGUACACGAAGGGUCUGGUGUUGGCUUUGUCCACCGAGAGCUCGGUCGAGGACGAGGAUUACGAUCUGAGCGAUGAGCCGCUGCCGGCACCGGAGAACUUCAAACUGCAGCCACGGGUAGAGGUGGACAACACGCCGAUCCCGGUGCCACACAUUUGCGAGCACAAAGGGGACCGCGAGCGGGAGCUCUGCCACGCGUACACCUCGGCCGCGACCUCGCUCAAGCUGGCCACGGUGCUGCGGAGCGCGGUGAACGAGGAGAACGAGACGCACAGUGCCGAGUGGUGCCGCUACCCGCUCGACGGGUUCUCCUGCGAAAUCCCCGAGAAGCAGAUCACCUGGAUGAAGCUCCUGACGAACUCUUCGAACUGUACGCCCAAAGUGGAGUGCGAAGUGGCCGAUCCGUACGACGACGAGGAGAGCGUGCUGUCCGAGAGUGUUUGCAUGAAAAUUGUUGGUGACCCGGAGUUGACGUUCUGGUCGUACCUGGUGCUCCGGUCGCUGGGCGAUGCGUUCCUGUUGGCCGUCAUUGUGCUGCUGAAUGCGGCCACCAUCAUCGCGACUCGGGAGACUUCCAGCGGACGCGGAGACUUUGGUCGGCAGAUCGUGUGGGGUGCCAUCGGGUGGGCCAUCUCGUACUUUGCCCUCGGCUGGUUCUUCGAGACGUACUACGGGUACGUGGGGCUGGCGCUGCUGGCCGCCCUCGUGCUGCUGGUAUCUUCCGGUAUGCCACUGACGCCACCGGAGAUGUGGUGGCAUACCAAGUGCGGCAUGGUGGCCAUCCCGAUGUCGGCCAUCCGUCGGUACGGGCCCGAGACGGCCGGACUCUGCUUGGUGACGCUCAUCCUGGGGACCUUCUGGGCCGUGCUGGACAACUACGAAGGGGUGCUGGUCAAGACGUACGACAUUCACCCGCUGGCCGAGGACUACUACGGCGAGGUGUGGAGCGCGUUCAUCGUUCUCGGGGCCCUGCUGACGAUCCCGGUCCUGUGGUACGCGGAGAAGAUUGUGGAUUUUUGCGGCCACUCGAACAUACUGAUCACCGCCAUCACGACGUUUAUCCUGCGCUUCUCGCUGCUCGCCUCCACCGACGUCACCUGGUGGCGCGUGGUGAUUGACUUCCUCUACCCGGUGACGCUCGGGCUCACCUGGCUCACGAUCGUGUUCUACAUGCGGCACAUCAUUCCGCGUCGGGUCAUCACCACCGGCCAGGCAUUGCCGGUGAUCUUCCACUUCUGCCUGGGCCGCUUCCUCGGGGCGCUGAUCGGAAUGUGGACCACCAUCGAGCACCUGAUCGUGACGUUCCAGGCGUUGGCCAUCACCGCGUGCGUCAUUUCGGUCAUCUACUUCCUGCUGUACCACCUGGUCCUGGCGCCACGCUGUGCCGCUCGGCUGCACCACGAACCGUCAGCCACCGCGCUCCACAUCACGGGCCCGGAGGCAAGCGCUAAUGGACAGCAACAGCAGCAGGGGCCGGCGCAGGGACAGCAGCAGCCGGUUCAGACGAACGGAAGCUACCAGCCGCUGCGAAUCUAUCACAACUAUCGCGGGCGCAAAGGACACUUCCGUUACUAAAUGGCCCGCCUACGCAAGUGUUCGUUCCCUCUCUCUCUCUGCGAUUCCUUCCUAGUCCAGUGUUCGUUUCGGCGCACGGCUGACGGACCUCCGCACCUUCGUUCGAUCAACACUUUCGAUUGUGGCACCAACAAAAGAAACCAAAACUCCUUAUUCAAAGCCGGCGAAGAGCGAUCAUUCUGCACAACCCCCCUCGACUAACGACUAACAACGACAGUAUCGAUUGUUUUCUGUUUUUACCGACCCUUCUUUACCGAAUUAAAUGAACGCGUCCAACAGACUUACUAUUUAUUGGACUGCCGGGCAGUGAUGCUUUCCCGGAUCCCGCGAAACGCACGUCCUGUUGGAUUUUAGUUUAGUGUAGUUAAAAUACGAACCCAGUCCUUCCCCGUUCGCAAGCAUCGUACCCUGCUGCCACCAGCAGUGUACGAUGGUUACAUGGUAUGGUUAAGUAAUCUCAAUUCUCCUAUAGGUCACAAUUUCGACUAUUAAACGACGCUCAAUCCAGCGAUCAGAGCAUCCUUCUGAUUGAGUUCUUGCCCUUUCUUGGGUCCUCUUAACUAACAAGAAACGAAAUAUUUACGAACCUUAAAUGGAAAGCUAUCCAAUAAGCCAGCACACCGCAAUCAAAACCACACAGCUCCUGGUACUCAUACCGAAUCUCUUAGUGAUAGAACGAUGGACAGAUGAUACCAAGGGCUCGCGCGCCUUCUAUUUACUCGUCUGUAAUCCGUAAAAAAACAAAAGUAACAAUUAACUACUCUCUACUCGACUCGCACCCAAACUCAGAGCUCCACCGCGAUUGUGCAAAAACUCGCCUUAAGCCCGACGCGGUGCUAAUGGAUGUCCGCUGUCCGCAAAUGUCUUUAGCCGUAAGAGCAGCGACAAAGAAGCGCCUUUAGCCGAAGCAGGAGAAACAAAUUGUUAAACAAAAGUGAGGCAGUCUAUGAGUCUAUUACUCCUGUCGCCGCCGAAGCAGCCAGGCACGCAAGUGACCGCCCGCACCCGCGGGUGGUUUGUGUUCUUUCUUUUUGCAGCUAUUAAUGUUGACCAUAUAUAGAGGGACACGCCGAAAUAGUUCAUAUUUGUAAAUAAAUUUAAGCAAUACCGAAAAAGCUGAACAACU